AUUACGUCACCGUACGCAAGCGCUUCAAGACCGGAAGUUAUAUGAGGCGUUGACGUACCGUCAAAAUGUCAGCCAUUUUCAACUUCCAGUCACUGCUCACGGUGAUUCUUCUCCUGAUAUGUACGUGUGCCUACGUCAGAGCGCUGGCUCCCAGCCUGCUGGACAAGAAUAAGAGCGGGCUUCUGGGGAUCUUCUGGAAAUGUGCGAGAAUAGGUGAACGGAAGAGUCCUUGGGUGGCCUGCUGCUGUCUCAUCAUGGCAUUUAGUAUACUGUUCCUACAGUAGGCAUCCGAAAUCGGACGAAGGAAAGGGCAAUAACAAGAACAUUGUGGACAAUGACAGCGAUUGUGGCAAGAACUCCAGUAGCUGUUGGAAACUGCCCUCGCUUUUUGCAGCCAGAAACCAGAGUAUGUGCGGACAUGCAGCUCUGGCCCUGUUCCAUUCUUGUGGGUGGGACACCGUCCGGUUGAAAAUCCAUGUUUGUAAAUCAAUGUCUGUCAUCAAAUGUCUCAAACAGUUGCCAAAAAAAAAGUAGGGAUUGAGUUUUCCUCAUUUACAUGUUUCAUAUCGUCCGGCAGCUUUUGUCGAUGGGUUGGGCUUGAAGGUGUGUCUUUGAUUAACGUCACCCCGCCCCACCCGUUGACGAUUGAAGAAAUCACCGUAUCUAAUCCACGGAAGACUCGAGUGGACUAUGGAGAAUGAUUCAAGUGUAAAUCUCUCUUGCUCGUUGCAGUGAAGAGGAGCUUUGUGAUAACCUCUCAUGCGAGUUUCCUGUCGACACUCAAACGUGUCUCCGACUGUUAGCGGAUAGCGACCACAUCUUAUGCUCAUACUGUUCAAACAAAUGAGAUCCAACGCAGGAGAACAGCGUCAUCAUGAAAUGGUCAUUCCAUGGAAAGUUGCUGUUUGUUUUUUUUUAAUUUUCCAAUGGCAAUGUACUUAAGCAGACAGAAUAAAGUCGGGGCCACACAUUA